AUCGACAAACAGACAGUCCCUGCAAAGUGUGAAACAAAUGAACCAAAACAACAGUCGAGUCCCGCUAUAGGGGUCACUGAAAAUACUCACCGCUAUGACCAUGAUGAUGUAAAGCAUAUAUCAGACAAAAAGGACAAUAAAAUGGAUACUAAUAUUAAUGAUCAUUCAAAUGAUGGAUUAGAGCAAACAACUGACAAACGACAGACAGGUUUUACAAAACCAAAUCUAAAUCUAAAACAACGAGAACUACACUCGACACCCAUUUUAAUGAACAAUAGCGAUUCCAACCAGUGUGGUUUAGUUAAUAUAGCGAUGGGCAGUCAUAACAAAGACAACUGGCAGACACUCUCUACUGAAACACUACACAAACAAUCGAAUCCCAGUAUAAUUAAUGCCGAUGAUACAGACGACCAUGUUACUUUCAAUGACGGCAACUAUAAAACUCAAUUCAUUGAGUUAGAAGAGAUAGGUUCGGGUGGUUUUGGGACUGUAUUUAAAGUGAAGCAUAGAUUGGAUGAUAAGAUAUAUGCCGUUAAAAGAGUACAAUUUGGGGAAGUGAAAAAUUUGGUAAAACUGGAUUCAGAUUUUGUGGUAAAGUAUUACAACUCAUGGCUUGAGUUCAAUCAUCUCUUCAUUCAAAUGGAGUUUUGUUCACAAAAUCUUAAAUCUGUUCUCAAAGACAAACCCAUUGUCUUCGAGAGACAACAGAAACACCACAUGAAUAAUCACGACAUCAAUAGACACACUGCGAGCCGAUACGAGCACUCAAUUGCGGGGAUUUUAAGAUAUAUGGCAACCGAAGUACUCUCUGGACGACAAUAUAACUACAAAUCAGACGUUUAUAGUCUUUAUCUAAUCGGCGAAGAGUUGUUUGGUAUUGAUUUUCAGUCUUCGCAAUCAUUUGAAGCCAAGGAAUCGGUGUUCAAGUCAUGCAUACUCUGUAUGUGUGAAACACUUCGACAAAUGAUGGCAACUGUUUGGCGACAACGGCCUGAGUGUUGGCCAAACAUAACGAGUGGUCCAUUGAUAAGAGUGUUGUCACGAGUCAUAAGGAUUUCAAUGAAGUGU